GGUAUACCAGCUAGUCAGCUCCCGGAUAUUAUCUCAAACUUAGCGAAAGACGGACACCUUUCAAACUUCAUUACAGCAGAGACCUUGGAGAAUGUAAAACACUUCGCUAACACAGAUAACCUAGAAGCAACUUUCGUCAGUUUGGAUGGCGUUUUGAGCUUAAUUGACUCCUUGUUGGUAUCUUCUCCCAAACAGGAUAGUUUGCUAGAUGAGGAACCAUUAGAGGAGAUUAGUUUCAUGUCUACAUUAGAUUCCCCGCGUAAAGACCAAGUUCAACCUUCGGAUGGAAUCACUCCUAAGAUAAAUCGUACAAACAAAUUCAAGAGACCACGUCCAGCUCAUAAAGUUGUUAGAUCUAGCUCAAGCGUUACAGACUUGAGUGAUUAUUACCCAUCAGAUAAUGAAUUGCAAUCACCGAGUACGAGUUCACCACCUCAAACCCCAAAUUUAGACAAUAUACCGGACAGUUAUAACAAUUUGAAUGGUUUGAUGUUAUCAUCUAACAAUCAGAAUAACGAUGCCCUAAUACAAACGCAAAACCAAAUACGAGAAUUAGAGAAACGCAAUAAUGAAUUAGAGAAACGACUUAAAGAGUCAGAGCGCUCUUAUACCCAAACGACAUCUCAGAAUGAAGAUUAUAUAUCCGUCAUGGAGGACCAAUUGAAAGAUAAUGAUAUGAAGUUAGAAGCUCUAGCACGUGAAGAAAAGGAUCUUCGUGCCAAAGACCGUCAGAAUAUGUUUACGAUCAAUAAGCUUGAACACGAUAUAGCUACAUACCAACGUCAAACUGAAUCAGCACGUAUGCAAGCCAACAGUCUGCAAAAUCAAGUGCAGGAUGUAAAUGCUGAAAUUGAUUCACUCAGAGACAGUCUGCGUGAGAAAGAUAGAGAUGUUCGUGAAGCCCGUAGCAGAGCUGAUAGAUAUGAACAUGAAAUAAAGAAGUGGGAAAACGAGAGAAAAGGUUACGAAGAUGCACUACAAAGAAUCAAGUCACAGCUAGAGAUAGCCCGGAAAUCUGAACGUGUAUUGGAAGUACAGAAGUCUGAAAAUGUUGGCUUGAAAGAAACAAUUGACAGACUCCGUGGAGAUCUCAGCCAUCAAUUGACAUACAGCGGCUCAUCGCAGGACGAUAAUGCCGGCCAACUUGGUAGUGUUUCCCGGAAUCUAGGCAAAGAAUUAGCAAGACAAUUGACAGAAGUUGACAACAGCGCCGGUAAAACCCUCUCUAAUGAACCAUCUGAAGGCGAAAUUGAAACUAUCGUGACAACCCGCCGGCGGAAAGUCAAGCCGUCGAUUAGUUCACUUAGAAAUAUCGAAACUGAUAACAACACCGAUAGCACUGAAUCGCCGCCUCCAUAUUCACAAGGAAAUGAAUUUGAAAUCGUCGAGGAUGUAAAAAAAGUUACCAACAGAGGUGUGCAAGUCACACCGGAAAGUAAGACAAUAGAGACGCAGACAUCAACAGAUGAGGAUAAAUCAAAUGAUAAGGAAGCCCACUCUCAAGAUUCUAAGAAGUCAUCAUUUUGGAAAAAACUCUCGAGUAAUUUGACAUUCAAGAGGCGUAGGAGCGUUAGUCAUACCAUCACGAUAUACUCAACAAUAGUUUUCCUUUGCGGUAUGAUUGGUGGCGCUUGGAUCUUACCUUCUACAACUAGUUCGCUUGAAGCUGUUAGGUCAUUAUCUGGUUAUGAUGACAAAGCACUCUUCGUAGCUUAUAACACCUUCGAUGGAGCGUCAACACUUCUAAAUAGUGAUGGAAGUUUAACUCAUUUCUUACAAACUUUAGUCUGGAAUGGUUUAGAUUCUUCACAGUUAUUCCCUUCCUAGAUUUAUUUAUAAUUAUUAUAUUAUGCAUGAUGCUCUCUUUAC